AUGAAGGUCGCAGUCAUCCUCGCUUUGGCCACGGCUGCGUUUGCCGAGAUCAUCAACAAUGACCAUCUCCAGACCGAAGUCCUCACUGCCGUCACGUGCUCCCGCCCAACCAAGGCCGGCGACAAAAUCAAGGUCCACUACCGCGGUACGCUCGUUGACGGCACCGAGUUUGACGCAUCCUACAACCGCGGCGAUCCCCUCGACUUCACCGUUGGUCAGGGCCAGGUUAUCAAGGGUUGGGACCAGGGUCUUCUCGAAAUGUGCCCAGGCGAGAAGAGGAAGCUCACGAUUCAGCCGGAGUGGGCGUAUGGUAGCCGUGGCACUGGCCCCAUUCCCGCUGACAGCGUGUUGAUCUUUGAGUCCGAGUUGGUUUCGAUCGCAGGUGUUGAGAAGGAAGAGCUAUAG